AUGGAUCGGCUGGGACUGAGUGAGGACGAGAGCAGCGACGGCAGCUUUAACGGGCAUUUUCCCUCCAGCGUCGGCUCAGGCGGGAGCUCCAGCGACCUGGAGCAGAGCCGCCCGAAGCUGCAGAAUCGGCCGGUGCGUUCGAAGGCGCGACGCGCAGCAGCCAACGUCCGCGAGAGGAAGCGUAUCCUUGACUACAAUGGGGCUUUCAACGCGCUGCGGCUCGUUCUCAACCACGACCUGAGCGGGAAGCGACUCUCCAAGAUCUCCACCCUCCAGAGGGCCAUCAACCGCAUAUCUGCUCUCUCUGUCCUCUUGAGCACCAGCCCUCCAACCAGGGCUGUGGAGAGCUGCAACCCCACAGCCGUCCACAGCCAGGCUGGGAGUCUGCACCUGGACGUGGGACAGGCACUACUGGACACCCACUUAGAUCCCAAGACCUACACAUCCUGGCACCAACCACUGAUGCACAUGGCCCAGCCACUGCCCCAGGCUCAGACCCCGGCCCCUCCACAGAGACUGUCCACUGAGCCGCACUUGUACUUGGACAGCCUAAGGCACCCAACCCCUGCUGCCUGCCCACCCUCGUCGCAUUUCCCAUGCUACUCCCAGGACCCCUCGCUCUGCGGCACCAGUGGAGACUAUGUGAGCAUGCUCGGUCGGUCGGCCAGUCCAGUCAGAUAUGGCGCUGCCAGCGACGGGUAUCAGUCAAGUAUGUGGUCCCCGUGUGCCCAAAGCCGCGCGGCACCCUACGGAGAGCCGUCUUUGGCUCUGACCUCUCCCUGGCGAAGGAGCUUCCUGGCGGAGCAGACAUUUCAGCAUUACCUCCCUAUGGUCUGA